CGCAGCCAUCACUGCUACGUCUUCCUUCCGCUGGCGAAGAUUGUGUGAUAUACUUAUACGAUGGAGGCCAAUGGCAGCGGCAGCGCAUUGUCGAACUCAUCUCAGAAGAGGCCUGCGCAGGACGCGCCUGAAACUUCGCGUUCGAAACGCGCGAAGUACACUUCAGCAGCAUGGUAUGCUUAAUGGAAAUCACCCCAUUUCAUUUUCUUACAGACAUCAGCAACGAGUGCAAACGUUGUAAAGUUAAAUGCAUCCAAGUUGACGACAGUGCGGAUUGUCAACGGUGCUCCACUAUGAAUGUUAAUUGCAUCGUCGUGCCCACAGCUACACAGACUGCCAAAGAAAAGGACAAGAACAAAGAGAAAAGUCACAUCGAUGACUCUAUUCACAAGCAAUUGACUGAAGAUGUAUCCUUCCUACGACAGCAGCUCACCACAUUGAUGGGCGCUGUGGCGGCUCUCGCUGAGCGACGAGAUAGUCAACCCACCAUCAUUGCUGGAUGCACCCCAGCUUCACAGCAGACAGCUAGUCCAGCUCACUCGAGUACCACGUCUCAGCGCACAGGACCACCGCGACAACCUCAGUUUGCAGGGCCAACACGCGCUGCGUUCAGUCUUAAAAUCGUCGAAUCAUCACUGAAUCGUAUGGGUAUACCAUCUGAUGUGCGAUAUCCGGCUGGCCACACGUCAUCAGUAUCAUCACGAGAAGCAACGCCGGAGCCAACUACUGCAUUGGCGCAGACCUUGCUCCGCUCCGGAGUGGAGGGCCUACAGGGUAUUUCAAAUGACGACAUAAAUAGGCUACUAGGCAUUUACCAAGAAGAGGUAGCAUGCGUGCAUCCAAUCAUAGAGACCAGAGAUCUGAUUGCAAAUGCCCCGGCUAUCAUGGAUCUCGUCCGCAAUCCUCACCAGCCGACUGGUCCGCAGAAAGUGGGAAAGAAGGACGUACACAUCUUGAGACUUGCUGUGGCAACAGCUAUCACCCAUGAGAUUCAUGGAAAGAAUGAUCUUUCAGACCGCUUGCUAUUCGAGGUCGAACAGGAUGUUGGCCGAAUUUCCAGUGAGACAGAAGUCGAGCUUAAGGACAUACAGAUUAUGGGGAUGCUGAGUUUGUACUUUUGUCACACUGAAGAAGAGUUAUUCGCGUGGCGAGCGAUUGGUAGAGCCUGCCGUCAGGCUCUCGAGAUGGGUUUACAUCGCAAACAGAGCCUCCAAGACAACUUCAAGGACUCUGAAGACCGAAGGCUUGCGGUGCAAGUCUUUUGGGUAGUCUACGAACUGGACAGACGUUGGAGCUUCGGCACUAGCUUAUCGUUUGCCCUGAACGAUCGGGAUAUCGACACUCAACUACCGGAACCAGGGAAGGCAUACCCGUACUUGAAAGCCAUGGUCGCCUAUGCGAGACUGUGCUCCAGAGUCUGGGAGUCUCUGCCACCGUAUGGCUCUCCCUUGCAAACGAUUCCAAAGGAGACAGAAGAUUACCUCGAUUUUAUCACCUCGAAUUGGCUGCUGUCAAUACCGCAGGAGCUACAGUUCCGGCACCCUCGCCUGGGCCUGGCGCCAAAGUCGCAGCCAAGGCUUCUACAUCGGUUAAGAACUUUACUCUACCUUCGUGGGAAUCAUAUGCGCACGCUCAUUCAUCGACAUCAUGUGCUUACCCCAGAUAACAUCAAGGCAGAUUUGCAAUCUGCGCGGUUGGUCGUUGACAUUGCCAAGGAUAGUAUUCAGGUUUUGGUACACCUGAACGAAACGAGCGACAUCUACACUCGUCAACAGAGCGUAUACCACUACUACCUGCUGAGUGCGCUUGCAGUACUGUUACUUGCUGUCUGCCAUGCGCCAAGUACGUUCGCAGAAGCUAGCAGAGACGCAUUCAUCUCAGCGGUGGAACUAGUUAAGGGCUUCUCACGCCAUGGCACAGCUAGCCGUAGGCUUUGGAAAAGCAUCAAAGGUCUUUUGCCUGUUGUCAAAUCAUUGGGAAUGCACGGCGAAACUGGGAUCCAAGGCAGCAACACACCUUUCAAGGAGGCGGUCGAACCGUCAACCGCGAACAAUGUGCAGCAGUCCCUGCAGCUCGGAUCAAACGCGACCGAGCUGCCGAACUUGUGGAACGGCGGUGACUUCAGUUUCGACACAGACCUUGGGUCAAUGCCUGACGUGUUCAAUAUUGGCAAUGAGCUCAUCGAUCUGUAUGACGCAUUUGGCACGGCAGCAACAACGCAGCCCGUGCAACCGGAUCCUUCGGCAGACAAUUUUGGUGAACAAGGUCUGAGCAUAUGGGAGAUCGGAGAGAUAUCACGACACUUUCAAGGCUUGCUUUGAGUGGACAACAUUGAUAUUCCAAAAUCACAUUGGCUCGAGCCAGCGCUUCCCGACUGAAAGCCACGACGGUCUCCUUGCUUCCCAUUGCGUGCUACAUAUGGACGUUCAAGUCGCAGGCACAAGCAUCGCACAGACCCAGCCUCGCUCGAAUUGGCUCACUCGCACCUCAGGAUCCACUUCACCGAGACGUCACGGUGGGGAGCUCAUCCAGGCACUCUCGAAACCAGAACCGAAGAAGCGACCUCAAGC